UUUUGUCUGUUCGGUGGCCGAAUCUUCUCCUAAAUUUUACGGAACCUGGGGAAUCAACGGUCGUCGUCGGGGCAAUUCCUUAUUCAGCGAAGAAUCUGUGCGAACCCUAACACACACUAAGACGACGACGACGACGACGACGACGACGACAGAGACGAAGAAGGGUAUUGGGGAUCGGUAAUGGAUCCAGAGCAGACGUUUAUUAGGGUUCAGGAGAGGUUCUCUCAGAUCCUUACCCCGAAGAUUAGGGCUUUUUUGGAGUACACCUACCUCUUCGUCGCCAUCACUUUGUUCUGCAUUCUUCUCGUCAUGCACGCCAAUUACGUUCAACAGCCUGGUUGUUCAAGUGAGGUGUCGGGAGUUGAGCUAGUUGAAGUCCAGCUUAUACAAAUAAAGAUAACAAGUACAGGGUUGUGGUCGCGCGAUGAUGAAAGUACCGCUGCAGAUAUUUCUGGCAUUAAAGUUGGAGCUGAAAUGUUAGAAGUUCCAAAGGUUUAUCAAGAAUGCUCUGCCAGUGAAGAGAAUGCGGGUGAUAUACUCUUGAAAGCUGAUAAGGAAGAGCCUCACAGUAGUUUUUCCGUGUCUGCAAAAGAGACCAUCAAAGCAGCAAUACUUCACUUUUCCAGAAAGUGGUAUAGGCGCAUAUCUUUCAUUUUAGAGCAUACAUUACAGAUCCUCAGAGGUAUUAGAAAAUUGUGGAACCUCAUAGGCGUACCAUUAAAUCUUGAUGUGCCCAAAUUGUUGCGUGUACUGUACAUGGAUAAGGUUACCUCCUAUGCAGUUCAAUGGCUUGAGAGAAGAAGUAACGAGUUUGAGCCAACUUAUUUGUACACCAUGGAAAAGGGUUACUUUUUGCUGCCUGAAGAAGCUAAGUCACGCCAUAAUAUUCUCACUGCUAAUAUCAGCAUAUCAGCACGGCAUCCAUGUUUUGGCAACAGGUGGCAGCAACUUCUUAUAAACAGUGUUGUUGGGUAUGAUACUAUCCUGAUGAACAGUUUACAAAACUCUCCUGGUCAAGGUUAUCUUUAUAACUAUCAGACGAAGGAGUUUUACAACCUUAGCUAUGCCCAUGAACUACCUAAAGAUUUUGGAGAUUAUUUGGUGACAAAAUGUGGGGUGCUUAUGAUGUCACUUUUUGUAUUCUUUACAACCACAAUGUCUGUCUCGUUCACAUUGAGAGAGACCCAAACACGCAUGUUGAAAUUCACAGUGCAGCUUCAACACCAUGCUCAGCAUCGGCUACCAACAUUUCAGUUGAUCUUUGUGCAUGUCAUUGAAUCCCUCGUCUUUGUACCGAUUAUGAUCGGAAUCCUGUUCUUCCUGUUUGAGUUUUAUGAUGAUCAGCUCCUGGCUUUCAUGGUUCUGGUUCUUGUCUGGUUAUGCGAACUUUUUACACUUAUAAGUGUCAGGACCCCGAUAUCGAUGAAGUUCUUCCCACGUUUCUUCUUGCUUUACUUCUUGGUGUUCCACAUCUACUUCUUCUCCUAUGCUUACGGUUUUUCGUAUCUUGCCCUAAUGACGACAGCUUCAUUCAUGCAACACCUCAUCCUUUACUUCUGGAACCGUUUCGAGGUCCCGGCGCUUCAGAGGUUUCUCCUAAGCCGGCAAUCACAGUUUCAGCAGCACCCAGAUUUCCAGAUAACCUCUUCGACAAUCCUAGCAUCGACUCUUCACAUCACGAGACUGAACAGAACAAGAAACCAGCCUGUUCCAAAUCCAAACCCAAACCCAGGACUGAGACCAGCAGCAGCUGCGGCAGCCAGUCAGGAGAACUCAAUUGCAGACGCAAACGCUCAGCCGCCAGGAGCGAUGAGCGCGUUCAGCUCAUUACUACUGUGGAUACUGGGAGGUGCAUCUUCCGAAGGGUUGAACUCGUUUCUGUCAAUGUUCAGAGAUGUGAGAGAAGAUCAAGCCCAAGUUUAUCCCCCUGACCCCUCUUCCCGACAAAACCCUUCUUCAACUACUCCAUCUCCAUUAGAUGACUGAUGCUUUUUUUCUUUUUGCAUUUGUAAAUGUUGUCAUUGACCCAUGCUUACAUGGCUUCAUCAAAGAUAUCCUUAAAAUAUUGUAUCUACUUCAUGUCAUACCUGUUUAGAAAGGUAUCUUUAAAAGGUGUCUUGAAGUGCAUAUAACAUUUUAAAUGUAUUUU